UGCUGCUAAAUUCAGGUUUGGAUAUCAUUGUACCAGCUGACUCAUAUACUUGCCAAUCUCCAGGCAGACUCUCCAUCUAUUUUGAGCUUUUCUCUUUCUUUCUCUUUGUCACUCGGCAAUCUCUUUACCGAGGCGAUACUUUCAUAAUAGGAUUAUGCGAAAGCAUUAGUCAAUAAAAUAAAGGUUUAUCGAUGGCGCUGAAAGUUCGACGUGUGUACGGUAAAUUUACUAAAUUGAUCGUUGUUAAAGUUAUCCCUUUGGUUUGAGGUAAAGGAAUAAUUUAAAGAGUAGAAUAAAUAGCAAACGCAAAAUAUGACAGCAGAAACCAAUGCCGUGGGGUACGCACCCCUGCCACAGAGCUUGAGUAGUAACAGUGACAAUAGUGACGACGAAGAUGAUGUUCAUCACGAACAUCGGCAUCACCCGAAUUUCCAAGUACAUUUGGAGCGCAAUGAUUCUGUACUUUCAAGAGAAGAUGACCAGUCGAGAAUCAGCGAUACCACAGCAAUAUGCCAAAAUGGAAGGUUUUAUCCUUUGGAUGAAACGCGAAGUAAUUUAAAUAGAACAAGGACCAAUAGUUCAUUUACUUACAGUAAUGAUAAUGUUCCAAUUAUGAUACUCGAUAGCCAAAGUAGAAAUGAUUUCUGGAAAAGAAACCAAAUGUCCUUACUCAGAAAGUUAUCUAUUCUAGCUUCAAUACUAUUGUGCAUAUUAGUAAUAAUAAUAUUUUUGUAUGCCUUGCCUUGCAGUAGUACAUCCUCGUGUACUCCUAAAACUUCUUCUGUAGCAUGGGACAGGACUUUACAGGGCAUUGAAAUACUUGGUAGAAUAUCAAUUACUCCAAAUAAUUUGAUAUUUUUAGCUAAAGUCCAACAAUAUGGUAAUACCAAAAAUUCAUCUAUGUAUAUUACAAAAGGUGGAGUUUUAGCCAUGCAGAGUACAACUGGUACACCAGCCUGGCAGCGUCCUUUAAAAGAAUAUCCAAAGGAAAUAGACUGCGAGAUGCAUGACACAGAUGGCUCAGGCCAAUCUGACUGUUUAAUAACAGGGGAAAAUGGAAUGCUUGCCUGUGUAGAUCCUCUAUCUGGCAAAGAGUACUGGUACUCUGAAGUACCCACAUAUGAGACUUUGCCGUUGCCAAUGCCUGAUAUUGAUGGAGAUUGUAUUCGUGAUCUUAUAAGCGUUGAAGAAAAAAAUGAUAAUAGAAGUAUUGUUUUUUUGUCAGGAACAUCAGGAAAAUUGAUAUAUAGACUAUUUGUGCCAGAGUGUCAUGAAAUUGAGUUACAUAGUAUCAGUUCAAACUUUGUACUUUCUUAUACUUGUGAUGAUAACUCGACUGACUAUUCUCAUUUACUUCAAUUGCAAGAUAUUGUAAAACCAUGGAAACCAUGCCAAAUUCCAUCAGAAAAUUCAACUGUAUCUUACACUUAUCCUUCUCAUAGAUAUGCUGAUGUUUGGGAUUUGACAGAACAUCAUCGAUUGCAUGUGCGAAACACAAUUGUUAAUGGUACUGCAUGCCCUUAUGCUGAUACAUGCAGAAGUAAAGUUCAAUUAACACUCAAGUAUGGUAAUAAAUCCCUUGAUAUUUGGAAUCAUACAGCAACAGAUUCGUUCGUUUCGCAACCAGCAAGAAUGAAUAUUACAGAAGUAGAACAUACCACAGGUUUUGCUGUGAAAUUUUGGAAUUGGACUGCGACCGAAAUAAAAAAGAAUGAAACUUAUUCAACAAAGUUACAUCAACAAAAAUUUAGUGAACGUGUAACUAUUGUCUAUGUGAAUGGAACCGAUGUCCACGCAAUGAACGCCUCACAAAUUGAAAUAAAUCAAAUAUGUAAAGGGCUCGACUGUCAGCCUAGCCUUCCGCAAGAAAUAUACUCAAUAGCAAUAGCUGAUAUUAACGAAGAUGGUAUUUUAGAACUGAUUAGUUAUCGUACAAGUUACAGUUCCGACAAGAACAUAAAUACAGCCACGUUAGCUUCCGUAAUUCAAGUGAUAAAACUUGAUGCCGUAUUUUAACUUGAAAAAUGAUUUAGUUACCAAAUUAUACCUUCCUAUUGAAUUUCAUGAAGCUAUAUCUAGAUCCUGAAAGUUUUAUCAAUAAGCGUUUUAUGAUUUUUACUGAACUGCCAUUGAUCUGUAUUUUACCAAGUAUUUUCAUAUUUAUAAGUUUCAUAACUUAAUUUUUUGAA